UCCACACCAUCUGCCCACCCUGCGCUACUCCACAUGGAUGAGAUGAUGGAUCCAGCACCACCCACCGCCACCGGCUCGUCGUCCAUGGGUACAAGUACGUGAGACGAGGGUGCACCGACCCGUGCUAACAGCAGGCGUGAGUGCUCGUCAUCCACCGAGCCAUGGACUCCGACCGCCUCGCUGCCCUCAAGGCCUUCGACGAGACCAAGGCCGGCGUGAAGGGCCUCGUGGACGCCGGCGUGACGGCCGUCCCGGCCUUCUUCCACCACCCUCCGGACCCGCUCCCGCCGUGCACCGACGUGGCCGCCAUCCCGGUGGUGGACCUCUCGCGUCCCCGUCCGGAGGUGGUCGCCGCGGUGAGGGCGGCGGCGGGGACGGCGGGCUUCUUCCAGCUGGUGAACCACGGCGUGCCGGAGGCGGCCAUGGACGGGAUGCAGGCGGCGGUGCGGCGGUUCAACGAGGAGCCACCGGAGGGCAAGGCGCCCUACUACACGCGGGACGCCGCGCGGCGCGUGCGCUACAACUGCAACGCCGACCUCUUCCGGACGCAGCUGGGCAAGUGGCGCGACACCAUCUACAUGGAGGACGUGGACCGGAAGGGGGAGGAGGAGGACGACGAGGAGCUCCUCCCGCCGGCGUUCAGGGGCGUGGCGCCGGGGUACACGGCGGAGAUGCGGGCGCUGGGGCGCGCGCUCUUCGAGCUGCUGUCAGAGGCCCUCGGGGUGCGGCGCGGGUACCUGGAGGAGGAGGCCGGCUGCCUAGAGGCGCUCAGCGUCUCCGGCCACUACUACCCGGCGUGCCCGGAGCCGCACCUGACGCUGGGCGCCGUCCGGCACACCGACCCCGGCUUCCUCACCGUGCUGCUACAGGACGGCGUCGGCGGCCUCCAGGUGCUCGUGGACGACGGCGGGGGCAAGCCCGCCGCGUGGGCCGCCGUGCCGGCCGUGCCGGGGGCGCUGGUGGUGAACGUCGGCGACUUCCUGCAGCUGGUGUCCAACGACAUGUUCAAGAGCGUCACGCACCGCGUGGUGUCCAACAGCGUGGGCCCAAGGGUGUCGGUGGCGUGCUUCUUCAGGGCCAACGCCGCCAGGGUGUGCGCCCCGGCGGUCGCCGACGGGGGCGGGCCGCCGCGGUACCGCAGCGUCACGGCGGCGGAGCUGCUCCGCUCGUCCAUUGCGCAGGCGCUCGGCGAACUGAGGAUCUAGCUAGCGAGCAGAUGCUUGUUGUUCGUGCAUUUGGAGCGGAGCAUGGUGAUGGUGUGUGCGUGCAAAAUGCUUCUUCAUGGAUUUGGAGCUUUGGACGAAUCUGCUUAAUCAUCUGUUCGUGCAAGCAAAGAUGUUGCUGAGAAGAAGCAAACUUUGUUGAGUGAUUGUCCUGAAAAUGUGGACUACGUGUUUUGUUUGCAUGGGUAAAAAUAAAAGUGGGAAAUUGCAGAUGCA